AUGAAGCUCUCUCGCUCCUUUCUGGUGGUUGGCUCAGCAAUCACCCUGUCUGUUGCAGCCGAUCCAGUGUGCAUCGUGGGCGCGGGACCAGCUGGAUUGACCAUUGCCAACAGACUCGAGAGCAAAGGGUACCACACCAUCAUCUUCGAGAGGAGGGACACAGUGGGCGGGAAAUGUAAAGCGUAUCAUGAAGGGCAAUUCCACCCUAUGGGUGCAUUGUUGUACUCGAACGAGACAUAUAAAGAAACCCUCCCGAUCAUCGACGCGUCAGGUCUGCCAUCGUAUCUCUUCUCGUAUGCCACGAUCAAGGGCUGGAGAUUCAACUGGACAGAUGGUGCGGUCGCCGAGGCACCCUCUCCUGCCGAUGUGUAUCCUCGCAUAGAGCAGGAUGUCGAGAGAUUGUUCCAUUUCUGGGAGAAUACAUUCGCACCUUGGGUGUCCAUAGGGUACAAGGACCCUAUUCCAGAGGACCUCACGCUGCCGUUUGCCGAGUGGCUGAAACAGAACGAUUACUCCUCUCCGGAAUUGCUCAGGAUUCUUGAACAAGGAAUGGUACCCUAUGGAUAUGGUAGUAUCAACGAGACUCCGGCGAUCUAUAUGCUGCAGUACUUCACGCCAGACAUCAUAAAAUUCUUCGGAGGCCAGCAACCUGGGUAUGUAAUUGAUUUUCACGAGCUUUUUGUUCGAUACGCGGAGAGUUCUGUCAAAGGACCAAUCUUCACCAACACUACCAUCACAAACAUCGACCGCUCUGGUAGCACUCCGAUCAUAUCAUACAAUGACCAGACGGGAAAUGCAGUCAAUCAAAGCUGUUCAAAACUCAUCCUUGCAUUUGCCCCUGUCAUCCGCGCUCUCCAAGCCGCACAGCUGGACAUCUCUUCAGAAGAAACAGCCGUGUUCUCCCCGCUCAUCACCACCAAAUACUGGUCUGGCGCUGUCAAUGUCGUCACUCCGGAUUACCACAGUUUCUCUGCAUGGACGUUCGAGCCGAAAGGCCAGCCAUCAGCCUUCACCCGUCUCUUCCCCAAAUCCUCGAUAGCUACGACGUGGUCAUGGGGAAAACACGGAAGUAAUCAGACGCGGGAGGAGGCGAGAGUGCUGCUCAAGGACACGAUAUCGAAGAUCAAUAAGGAUCCUAGUAACACGACCCAGCCGGCCCAACCUAUCACCGACGACGACGUCAGGGCGUUCUGGGAGUGGGACUACUUUGCACGCUACGAAUCGAAAGAGUUGAGAAGCGGGUACUAUCUCAGGUUCAAUGAGUUGCAGGGGCAGAUGAACACGUACUAUGCGUCUGGACUUAACGGGUUUGAGACGGUCGAGUUCGCUAUUCGGGCGGGGAGAGAUGUUGUCGACCAGUAUUUCGGUUCACGGAGCCUUGAGGACCAUACUAAUGGGGGUGGAGGACAGUUCCGUAUUGGUGCCGACAAUGUGUUGGUAGUGCAGUGA